UCAGGAAGUAAACGGAUUGCAAGCAAAACAGUAAAAUUACAAAAAAUUCCACUGUGUCGGAUUGUAGCUACAAACCCAAUUGGACACCUUCAUUUUACCCACGGGACCCAGUUUCGAGAGAAAACCACACAAGAUAUCGUCUAUAUGCCUGUGUGUGAACACUGAAAUAACCAUUGUAUCUGAAAAAUGGCUUCCACACAAACCUUACGUCAACACAACCAGAACCAAGCCAGGCCAGAAGACACGCGAAAUGCAAAACCUCUAAUACGCGGUGCAACUGCAGCUGGUUCCAAACCCCCCAACCCAUGUUCCGUCUCCCACGCCACCAAGAAAGGGGCUGAGAACCGGGAUCCGUUGACUCAGAACGUUAAGGCGACUGCAGCGGGCAAGCAUGUAGGCACCAGCAGGCUGCCCGUUCUAGCCCGAUCGCAGCCACUCCAGUCCCAGACAGACUUCACUCAAGUACAUCGGAAGUGGGCGCAGAGCUUCAAGAAGGGCACAGCUCAAAAGAAGAAGCCAUGCACCAAGCCUGUGCCCUUCAGCUUGUCCCAGCCCAAAACCAGCAGGGCGGCCACAGCGAACCAACUUAAAACACAACCUACUGACGCCGGAGCCCCUAAACUGACCUGCCGCAAUGCCAGUGAGCUUCCCCGGCAGGGUAGCGGCACUGCUCCUUCCAUUAAACUGUCAGCUGCCAGUCACAAUGGGCUCCCUGUCAGUGUCCCUCACCCCACACUUCCUCUCAGGGCCCCCAUGGUGCCUGUCCUGGAUGAGCCGUGCAGAGAGGUCUGCGUUCGGCCCGCUGGUCUCACUGACGGUCUGCACUUCUCCCCGGACCCUGUGGCUCUUGACAGUAUCCUGCAGAAUGAGGGAGUGAAGUCUAGGGAGUUGCUGGUGGCCACACCAAAGAGCUCAGUCUGUCCCACCGGCAGGGGAACGUCCGUAUACAUGCCCCAGAGGGUGUCUGUGCUGAGGACUCAACCGAGACCACCAGGGGGCAGUGCAGUGGGCGCGGUGCAGUUCUCCCCGGAUCCUGCAGCCCUGUACAGCAUCCUGCAGAACAAGGGGGUGAAUGCUGAGGGGCCCCUGGGGGCCACACCAAGGGCCUCCCUAUGUCCUACAGGCAGGGGAACAUCCAUGUACAUGCCCCAGAGAGUACCCGUUACCAAAGGUCACAGCGAAGCAGCCGGAGCCCGUGCAGGGCUCAGCCAGACCCCAGCAGUGAAGUGGACCCCCCAACGUGUCCCUAACACCAGGCCCCAAUCUGCGAUGCGACACCUCUCAGCCCACCGCUCCUCCAUCUUCAGGGGCUCCCCAACGCUCCGGAGCCUGCUGGGGUUCGGGAAGGAUCUGGGGCCCCGCAAGGAGGAGCCCGUGGUGCAGAAACUGUUUGAGGAGGCGGAGCAGGAGUCAUUGGCAGUCGUUCGAGAGGAGAACGUGACCGACGGGCAGAAUGGCCAACCAGUGUUCCAACAGGCAGAAGGAAGAGUGGAAGAGAGGAGUAGGGGAUUGCUGAAGGAGAGCGGGCGGGCCCAGCCGUUCAUUCCGCCCCCCCACAGGGAGUCCGUCAUCGUCUUCUCGUCUGCUAAGGUCGUCACGGAGACAAGCACACAGCAAGGCCACACUGCUCCUCCAGACUCUGACAGCUUCCUGUCGCUCCGCCCCCUCCCGGCGCCCGGCUGUGCCCCGCCCGCGCCCCCCCCAGAGGCUCUCCCACCGCCCCACCUCUCUCUGGGCGGGGCCAGAGGUGGCAUCGUCCAUCGGGUCCCUCACCUGCGCUCCACACAGCGCCCCCCUCUGGAGGAGUGUCUGCUGGACGAAGAGUGCGCCAUGUUCACCUCCCGCCCCUCUUCAGCUUCCGCCUGCACCCGCUGUGCCGACCCUGUAGCUUCAGUAUUACUGCUGCAGACCUCUACUUAUUUUGAGCCAAUCGAUCUGCCCCCACUGUCCACAAUGCAGGAAUUCCAGCCAAUCUGCCGCCCUGUUCUGAUGUCUGCCUAGGAUAUGACCUCUGACCUGUGACCUGCAGUUAGAGAAUUUGGGAACAGUUUAAACUGAUAACGGAUAACUAAUUAAACUGGUGAUGAUGGUUGCAGUGCUUUAGUAAGGAUCACCCUUAAAGGGGACCUGUACCCAAAAUGAGCAUAUGCCUAGAUCUGAUCACUAUAUCGUAACUUUUCCCAUUCCCGUCACCAAGUUGUUGCGAGCCAGGAGCCAAUGUGUGUUUUAUGUGAUCCUUGUGAGCUAGCCCUUGUGCUGGAGGUCCCAUAAUGUCAUAAUCUGGAUUGUUCUCCACCAGAGCAUACUAAAUACAGAAAAUCCCUCUUCAGUGGUUCAUACAAAUAACCAUUUGAAGUUUCUGAUGAUGCCUAGAUUGAUAAAACACUACUAAUUCUCUGCAUCAUUUUGGGUAUAUACUCCACUGUGUUGACAUUGGAUUUAGCGGUUUCCGGUUUCAGCUAUCAACGACUUCGUCACACUUUCGUCAAGUAUUAUGUAUUGAUCAGAUCUAGGCAUAUGCUCAUUUUGGGUACAGGCUGAUUGCCUUUUUUAAGCUUAAAGCUUUAAGUGUGUUGACCUUACUUGUCAGUUUUCCAUAUUUUCAUUAGUUGCUAGUUAUAAGCAAAGUUACUGAUACAGAUCAGGUUAAUUCAAAUCCUUUUGAUUAUAGAUUCAUAUGAGACCAGGUGACAUUGGGUUACGAUGAUGCCAUAAGAUUGCUGUUUUUGUGCUUUUUCUGAACGCUGAAGUGGUCUACUGUGAAGUGCACUUCGGUAACGAAUCACCACCGGUAUUGCAACCCAGUGAAAAAAGAGUGUGCAAAUGGGUGACUCUAAAUGACACUUUUUAACCAUGCCAAAUGAUCAGGAAUUAGUUAUUUUUUAUCAAAUGAAGCUGCUUUCUGCACCUCCCCUAUUCUUAGCUCCCUGGGUACCGCAGAAGAAGACUGCUCGACGUGUAGGGUUUAGCAUGUGUGUGCAGUCGGGGUUUUGUCCAUAACACUAAUGCCCGCUUCCCUAGGAAAGUCUUCCGGUCAUUUAACCCAUAGAGUAGCUAGCUAAACCUCCAGCUAAACCUUUCCUUGUUUUCCCUCUUCCCUCCCCUCAUCUGUGAGUCAGCUGGCAUAUCAUGCCUGAAAUUAUUAUUGACCAAUAUUAGCAUUCCUUUCUCAAAGUAACAUUUUCCUGUUUUUUUUUUUUUGUUGUUGUUUUUUUUUACUGUUUGUUAUCGGAGUACAUUUUACUCCAUUCAGAUUUACACAACUUUGUUGUAGUCUGAGUUCUCUAUUCAUGCCAGGCUGUGCUUGCCGGUUUAGUUAUGAUGAGCGGCAUAUAUUUUUUUAUAUGGAUGUCUUCCUUUUUAUGAAAAGGGCAGCCAUUUUAGGCAACAUCUCACCAGUUCCCAUCACUACCAGUUCUUAAGAAUGUGCAACAGUGUUAUUAUGCUCUGCAAUGUGUCGGUGUGUGACGUUUGCAGUGGGUGUGUGAAAGUUGUGUGUGUGUGUGCGCAACUGUUCUGCAGUGUGUGAAUGUUAUGCGUUGUGGCAGUGUGACUGUUCUUCAGUGUCAGUGUGUGACUGUUCUGCAGUGGGUCAACAUUCAACUGUUCUGCAG